AUGCCUAACCUGAAAGAAUUCUUCUCCAACAAGGAGCGGGGUCAAUUCCCCGAGGUCGUGGUCCCCUUGGCCCGCGGCUCAGCGACAACAAAGGACGCCCAGGACGCUGACUCCAGCAGCGGCCUCGACCAGCCAGCAUCUGACGAGAAAAAUGCCGGUGCGCAAACAAGUAACACACUGACCCUCGAAGCUCUCAGAGCAGAGAUCGAAGCCGACAUUGUUGCUUCUGGCCAUGACACUGCUUACGAUCGCAAAGCGAAGGUCAUUAACAGAGCCGUCCAGGACAUUGGAAUGGGCCGCUACCAAUGGGGUCUCUUCGUUCUUUGUGGAAUGGGUUGGGUUGCAGACAACCUUUGGUUACAGGGAGUUGCUCUCACACUGAGCCCCAUCGCUAUGGAAUUCGGUGUCUCUGAGAAUGAGUCUCGUUUUGCCACAUGUGCCCUCUUUGUCGGUCUGAUUGUUGGUGCUUCUUUCUGGGGAAUUGCUUCCGAUGCUAUUGGACGUCGUCCAGCUUUUAACAUGACUCUUUGUAUUUGCGGUACCUUUGGUCUCGCCGCUGGAGGUGGUCCUAACUGGGUUGGCACAUGUGCCUUGUACGCGUGUUUGGGUCUUGGUGUUGGUGGAAAUCUGCCAGUCGACGCCGCCGUGUUCUUGGAAUGUUUACCUCCCAACUCAACUCAGAUCCUCAGUGGACUGGCCACCUGGUGGUCAGUCGGUACUUUGAUUGCCAGUAUGCUCGCCUGGGCCUACAUUCCGACCUUUUCCUGUGAAAGCUAUGAGAACUGCACCAGGGCUGACAACUGGGGAUGGAGAUAUCUUGUUCUGACCCUGGGUGCCAUCACCUUCGCCAUGUUCCUUUGCCGAUUCUUCCUCUUCACGCUCUACGAGUCACCCAAGUUCCUGGUCUCUCGCGGUCGUCAGCAGGAAGCCGUCGCUGCCGUUCACGGAAUUGCCCACAAGAACAAGACCACCACCUGGCUGACCGAGGAUAUCCUGAACGAGAUUGGUGGAUACCCCGAGGAGACCAAGGACAAGAAUGCUUUGUCCACCGUUGAUAUUGUCAAGAGGUCCCUGGAGAGAUUCUCCGUCCAACAGAUCAAGCCGUUGUUCGCCACCAGACGCCUUGCUAUCUCGACCAUCCUGAUCUGGUUCUGCUGGACAUGUAUUGGAAUGGGCUACACCUUGUUCAACGCCUUCCUUCCCCAAUACCUCAGCGCCAACUCCACCACUUACAUCACCUACCGCAACUACGCCAUCACAGCAGUCUGCGGUAUUCCCGGUCCCCUCCUUGGCUGGUACUUGGUUGACCUCAAGUACAUCGGCCGCAAGGGUACCAUGGCAGCAUCCACCCUGAUCACAGGUGUCCUUCUGUUCUGCUUCACCACCACCAAGGACCCUAACAUCCAGCUCGUCUGUUCCAGCUUGGAAUCCUUCUUCCAGAUGAUCAUGUACGGUGUGCUCUACGCCUACACACCCGAGGUCUUCCCUGCACCAAACAGAGGUACCGGAUCUGGAAUUGCCAGCUGUCUGAACCGUAUUGCGGGUCUCAUGGCUCCCAUCAUUGGUAUCUACGCUAGUACCGAUCCUCUCGGACCCAUUUACGCGGCUGGUGCUUUGAUUCUGGCUUCCUUUGUUGCUAUGUGUUUCUUGCCCAUCGAAACACAAGGCAAGCAAGCCAUGUAA